ACACACUUGUCGGUAACACAAGAUCUCAAGGAAAUGUGCUUUCUGUUCACUGUAUAAUUGUAGACUAUAUAAUUAAAGUGAUGAAUUCUCUUGUCCGAAUAAGAAAAGUUCUAUCAGGAAAGUGAAGAUUUCAAACAGAAACUUAUCAAGUCAAAAAGUAACACACGUGAAAAUUGAUUGAUAGCCAGAUUCCUUCAGAACCGUAUAAUUUAAUUAUUGUAAAAUAUUCCAUUUCCAGCGGAGAUUUAAUAAGAAAAUCAAUGAAUCUCCAUAUUUUCCACAGUCCGAAUAAUUAAAAGAUAGCUGAAAAGUGAAUUUAAGAAGAACCAUUUCGUUAUAGCUCAUAUGAACGUGUCAAUUUGUCCAUCAAGUCUUUGACAUCUCGGACUAUGUGUUCCUAUGCAUAAAUAAAAUUGCAAUUAAAAGUGUUGAAAUUCACUUGUCACUGGAAUUUGCCAAUUAAACAUUCAACUCUGUGGAUUUCCUCCGAAAGACUUGCUAAUUAGAAUAGUGUUUCAACGUGUGGAUCAUUUCUAAAAUUCAUUGCAUAGAAAAAGGUCGUAUUCAAGAAUUCUGCAGCAUCGCAAUGCCAUCACUCAUGCAUAUGAUUUCAAAUAUCCCCUGCAAGAUUCCAGUUCUUCUGCUGAUGAGCAUUUUUGCAGCAGAGAGGGUGAAUUCUCUACGUGAUGUGUAUGUCACGGUUCCAAAUGCCGUCCGAAGAGGUGGAACUGCAUCGUUAAUUUGUCACUAUGACCUCGAAGGAGAUGCACUGUACUCUGUCAAGUGGUACAAGGGUCGACAGGAGUUUUACGGGUACACGCCGAAAGAAGUGCCCACGAUGAAAAUAUUCUCCAUUGCAGGAAUUGCAAUAAUUAAAUCCUUAUCCAACGAGAGCCACAUUACUCUGGAGGAUGUUCAACUUAUAAGUUCUGGGAGGUACAGCUGCGAAGUUACCGUGGAUGCACCCUCUUUUCACACAUUCAUUUCGUCAGCAGACAUGGAAGUAGUUGAGUUGCCACACCACGGUCCUGCCAUUGUUGGAACUCGUCCAAAGUAUCGCGUUCGCGAUAGCGUACGUGCAAAUUGUACUUCAAGACUUUCUAAACCGGCUGCUAACUUGACAUGGAGUAUCAACAACUUCCCCGUUAAUCCUUCAUACGUGAAAUAUCACAAGCCCAUCAAGAGUCAUGAUUAUAAUUUGGAAACUGCCAUUAUUGGAAUACAAUUUGUCACGAAUAGACAUCACUUUGUCGAUGGAAAGCUCAAAUUAAAAUGCUUAGCAACAAUUCACAACAUCUACACUCAGUCAACGGAGAAGAGUUUGGAGGAGGAGAGACCCAGGACACACACGACUAGGACUCCCAAUGUUAAUUAUAUGAACUUCCAUCUCAAGUCGCCCAAUGAUCAGCAUCCAACCAUUCUAAACACGGACUCCUUCGGACGGAAGAACAGCUAUGAAACCGAGUUUUACGAGCCUGAAUCUUCCUACAAAUCCUCAUCACAGAAGUCAAACUUAAACACUCUGCUGAAUUUCUCGAUAAUUGCAAUAGUGAUUCAUUGCGCUAUAAUAUGCCUGAAAAGAGUGGAGGAGGCAUUUAAUAAAAAAAGAUUGCUCUGUCUGUGAAGACUGUCUUCCUUGCGCCAAAUUACCUUUUGUACAUAUUGUAUGUAAAGAAGCAAUUAAAAAUCCAUUGAUCUUGUGCUGAAGAAGCAGCAACGAAAUUACCCCAAUGAGAAAGUUUAACUCUUAAAUGCUGUAUUACGGAAUUGUUGGACAUUUCAUGAAAUUAAAGCUCAAUUGA